CCGCCGUGCGUUUAAAAGCUUUCAACCAAUAACCAGCUAGCACACGAAUACGCUUAUUCUAUUGGUGCGUUGCGUCAAUACGGGCUCCGGUGUAAAAAGCCCGUUUAGUAUCUGAAAGGUACCAAUAUGGCGGAGGCUUCCUUGGGAAGUACAAGCCCAGUUGGCUCUUUGUCAUCGGAAGAUCACGAUUUUGACCCAACAGCGGACAUGUUGGUCCAUGACUAUGAUGAUGAGCACACUUUAGAGGAAGAGGAGAUGCGAGAAGGGGAGUCAAACGGGAGUUCGGAGAUAGCGGAUCUGGAGAAGGAGGGGAACAUGCCAUUGGAAGAGCUGCUUGCUUUGUAUAGGUACGAAUCAUCAGUCAGCACGCUCGGGUCGAGUGCGGACAGCUCUUCAGUCGAACUGACGGACGAGUUACCAGACAUGACGUUAGACAAGGAGGAGAUUGCGAAAGAUCUGCUGUCUGGAGAUGAUGAAGAAACCCAGUCUUCUGCUGAUGACCUCACACCGUCAGUGACUUCGCAUGAAACGACAGAUUUCUUUCCCAGAACUCUUCGCUCCAACACUAUUUAUGACGGAGAUAAAGAGUCUGAAGGCGAGGAGGACGGUCUGAAUACAGAGGACUCUCGAAAGGAAAUAAUGGUGGGUUCUCUGUAUCAAGCUGAAAUUCCUCCCCUUACCUGUUAUAGUGAAGAUGAAAAGGUUUACGAGAAUGAAGAUCAGUUACUGUGGAAGCCUGAUGUACUACCAGAGUCAAAAGUGAAAGAGUUUUUGCUUGAAGCCAACUUUUCCUGUGGCGAUGGUGCUUUCAGGGAUCGAAAAGGUCUCGUUAAAGACAACGAACAGGCUCUGUACGAGCUUCUCAAAUGCAACUACAAUAUCCUUGAAGCGCUUGAAAGUUAUCGCAGCAAAGAAAAGUCAUCAAAGGAUGAAAUGCUCCCAUGGACUGAAGAAGAAUGCAGGAACUUUGAACAUGCACUUCUUUUGUAUGAGAAGAAUUUUCACCUUAUUCAGAAACACAAAGUCCACACAAGGACUGUGGCAGAAUGUGUUGCGUUUUACUACAUGUGGAAAAAGUCUGAACGUUUUGACUUCUUCGUCCAACAAAACCGGUUUGGAAAAAAGAAGUUCAGCAUCUACCCUGGUGUAACGGACCUAAUGGACCGACUGGUGGAUGAAGCAGAGGGACUGGUGGAUAGCUCAGGCUCUGUCUGCUCUAGCAGUAGCGGCAGGAUAGAGACCUCAGCCGACCAACAGCUUAAUAUCCUCAAUUCCAUUACUGCCAGUGACCUCUCUGCACUAACCAGCAGUGUGGCGUCAGUGUGCAAUCCCAGCGACGUGGGCUGCCUGGACUCAUAUAGUUUCUCACCACUCGAUGGCCUCCACCGUGCUUCCCUGAGCCACAGUGAGCCACUUGGAUUUUCCAGCAACGGUGAUGGAGACUGCCUUAACCUCCUUGACGCUGGUUUCUACCAUUCUGAGCUUGGGCAGCUGAACGUGUGCAAUGAGGAUUGCGAGAGGCCCCCUGCUAAGAGGCUAAAGAUGGGCUUGCCUGAGCCUUUCCUCAACGAGCGGAGCAUGGCCGUGGACUUCACCAGCACCAAAAUGGCCGUCUCCGUUACUGACUUCAGUGACUCGGGCAGUUACAUGGCAAGCCACACGCUACAUCAACACACAGCGCUGCAGUCAGAGUGAAAAAAUGCCUCACUCCACUACGGACCAUGUACAUAGCUGGUCACUGGAAAUUAUAUUCCUGUUUUGUUUUGAUCUUUUUUUUUUCUUUCUUUUUUUCUUUUAUGAUGUACAUUUGUGUAGAUAUGUACAGAAUCCUUUUUUACUAUGACAUCAGUGAUGUCUUAUUGUACAGACCUUAAUCUUGAGUUCUCAAGAGUUAAUAACAGCCAUUUAUUUUCAGUCCGUAAUAUUUUGGAAAGUGUCACAUGUCCUGUCCGAAUACUGUGGAAAUUGAACCCGCGAAUAUUUUAACGCCAGUUGUCCCCACAAGAAAAUGCAGAAACCUCCCCUACCCGAGUACCUUUCUAGCUAUUGGCCGUGGCGCGUUUUAAUAUGAGCGGUGCUGAGCAGUACCUAAGCCUUGUCAUGUAGCUGUUUUGUGCAGACUCUAAAAUGUUUCAAAAUGGUUUUAUUUGGAGCAAAAGACUUUUUAUAAGUGGAGCCACUGUGCCUCUUGAAGGAGCACUUCUGAGCUGCAGUUACCAACGAAUGUUCAUGAAAUGCAUUCAGGUGGCCCUGCGAUUAAGGUGUCAGACACUCCAUUUUGAGAGAAAUACACAUUACAGUUCCUUUAAAUGCUCCCUUUUAUAUCCAAUCAAUCAAGCUUUAUUACAGCUGUUACUUUGUACUUCUGUCAGUGAUCAGUAAUUAUCAUUUCUCCCACCAUAUUUGAGUACUUGUGGAUCUUUUCAAUGGUCAGACAGAAGGAAAACUUCCACAGUUCACGACACGUUUUCUUUGUCAUUUUGUUUAUAUGCUACAUUUUGCAUUCUGUUUUGUAGUUGUUUAUCACUUUGUGGGGGGGUAUUUAUUUGCUUUAAACACCAUUGGACUGCACAUUGAUCACUAAACCUGACGGCUUUAAAUUUAGCUGUACUCAUUUGAAUUUGUGAAAUUUGCUGGCACAUGUCCUUUUUUUGUUUUCGGUGUGUUCUGUUGCCAUGAGUGACUGCGUAUUUGCAUGGGAAUAUUUUAGCAGUAGAUGCUAGUGUUAUUUUUGAAUGUUUGUUUUGUUUGUUUUUUUAUUGAAUCGCUCAUCCCUGUACUCGAUUAUGUAUAUAUUUAUAUUAAGUACAUCGUGUGGCCCCGGGUUAUCCUGGUCACUGCCAGGAUCUUUUUCUUUCUUUCUUUUUCUUUUCCUGAGGAAGUGGAAGGUCGUACUACUAGAUAUCGAAAUGAUCCACAGAGCGAUCAUGCUAAAUUGAUCUAUGCAUUUAUUACAGUACUUUCAAAUUGCACGUGGUUCUAAAUUAUUUGAACAAACCAAUAGUCUUUAAAUAUAAUCUUUCAAGCCACAUAUCGAUAGAACGUCUACCCUCAUUCAGUGAGCUCUGCCCUUCAUGUCUCAUGCUCACACGAUCAUGCGUGUUUACCUCAAUCUGGUUUUUCUUUGUUCCUGAACUCCUGCGUACUCUCACAUGGCAAUAAUUUGUAAAUAUGUACAGAUGCGGAUGUAAAAACCUUCCCACAUUCUCUUCCUUGGCAAACAGACUUAAACUUGAAAAUUCUGUGCUUUUGAGUCUGUAACUUGAGUAUUCCACAGAAAUGCCUUUACUUGCUUUACCGUUUAGCCGAUUAUAUAUAAUAUACAAAUAUAUCUAUUUUUUUUUCUGUCGGAUUUGCUUUACAAGAGAUUUGCUUAAGAAGUUAUUUAUUUAUUUAUUCACUUACACUGCAAGUGGGUGUAGUGUGCUUGAGGAUCAGUACAUCAGUGAUACAGCAGUGGUCUGUGUGCAGGCGCAGCCAGUAGCUUCACCGGGAUUAGUGAAGUAGUUGAAUGUACAGUAUUACUACGUCUUAGGGGUUUACUGAACUCGUCUGAAAAAGAGAGAAUGUUUUGCUGGUUAAGGCACGACCCUAGUUUGCCGUUUUGCCUUAACGUUCAUUACUCAUUCAGAAACCUUGCAUGUUCAAUCUACCUGGAAAAAACACUUGCAGAAACAAUGGCCUCUCUGAGCGGUGGAUGUUUUCUAGACUAAAGUCUGAGGAUUUUUAAGAGAGAAAGAUUUGAGUAUGGUCUGUAACACUCAUCCUGUACUUGAGGCCAGAAUUCUCCAUUUUGUUUUUUUUUUUUUUUAGAUACUUGAAGGAUGUGCAUUGAUGCCAUUAUUUAAUACACUUAAAAAAAAAAAGUCCUGUAGGUUGUGCAAUUAAUUUCUCCUGUCCCUCCAAGGAUUAAACAAAGCUUUAGGAAA